AAUCCACAGCGCCAGAGCUGGCAUCAUGUGGUUCAACCAGUCGGGCUCCUCCAUGGCUCAUUAAACAGCAGCUUUCAAGAAAAGAAAAAAACCCCUGGGAUUUUACAGACAGGGGGAAGAAAAGUCGGUUGUUUUGCUUUUCCCCCCUGACAGCGUUUCAAACUUUCGCUUUAAGAAGGCGCGUCUACGCCGCCGUGUGUUUAUCGCAGCCCUUAAAGUGGCACAUGGAAAGCAGAGCCGAUCUGCGCAUGGAGGAAAACUCCGGCGUUCCUGCUCGGUGCGCGGACACGCUUCGGCGGGGCUGAUCCACACGGAGCGUGUUGUGAUCUGGUCGUGGGUAAAUGCGGCAGCCCCUCGCCGCGCCGCGCCGCGCCGAGGAGCAGGAGCAGGAGGAGGAGAAGGAGGAGGAGGGGGUGGAGGAUCAGCAGAUUCCGACAGACGGACAGGACUGGCGGUGGGGUUCCAGAUUUAAAGGAGGCAUGAAAUGAUCAGCCGUCAAAAAGGUGCAGCGCGUUGAAGUGGCAUGGAGGCACCGCCGGGGACGAGCCGCCGUGAGCCCACCUUGGCCAACUGGGAGUGACCGAGUCUCCAAACUGGCUGGGAUGGCAGCGUCCAGCACCUCCAGCCUCUCAGGUUCAUCCGUUUCCUCUGAUCCUGAUGACUAUCAGCCGCCUAUAUGGAAGUCCUACUUGUACCAGCUCCAGCAGGAAGCUCCGAGACCGAAGAGGAUCACAUGUCCUCAGGAGAUGGAGAGCAGACCCAAGUACUAUGGCAGAGAAUUUCAUGGCAUCAUAUCUCGAGAAUAUGCAGAUGAGCUGCUGGCGGGUACAGAGGGGGCUUACCUCAUCAGGGAGAGCCAAAGACAGCCUGGGACUCACACCUUGGCCUUAAGCUUUGGACACCAGACCCUCAACUACAGGUUGUUUUAUGACGGGAAGCACUUUCUCAACUACAGGUUGUUUUAUGACGGGAAGCACUUUGUCGGGGAGAAGAGGUUCGAGUCCGUCCACGACUUGGUGACGGACGCUCUCAUCACUCUCUACAUCGAGACCAAGGCGGCGGAGUACAUCGCCAAAAUGACCACCAACCCGAUCUACGAGCAUCUGGGCUAUACGUCUCUGCUCAAAGACAAGAUGGUGCACAGACUGAGCCGGGGGCGCACCGAGCCUCGCCGGGUCACCUUCCAGAGCGAUGACAGGAUCUCCUCACCUGUGGUGCGACGGAGUGCCUUGAAAGACACGCCUGAGAAGCUGAGCUCCUAUGAAAAGAUCCACAACUUCAAGGUACAUACCUUUCGAGGGCCACACUGGUGCGAGUACUGUGCCAACUUCAUGUGGGGCCUCAUUGCCCAGGGGGUCCGGUGUUCAGAUUGUGGGCUGAAUGUACACAAACAAUGCUCCAAACUGGUUCCCAGCGACUGCCAGCCGGACCUGCGCAGGAUAAAGAAAGUGUACAGCUGUGAUCUCACCACGCUUGUCAAAGCUCACAACACCACGCGGCCCAUGGUGGUGGAUAUGUGCAUUCGAGAGAUAGAACUCAGAGGUAUGAAAUCUGAGGGUCUGUACAGAGUGUCUGGCUUCUCAGAGCACAUUGAAGAUGUUCGACUCGCUUUCGAUCGAGAUGGUGAGAAGGCAGAUAUCAGUGCCAGUGCCUAUGCAGACAUCAACAUAAUUGCCGGUGCUUUGAAGCUCUACUUGAGAGACCUCCCCAUUCCAGUCAUCACGUUUGACUUGUACUCCAAAUUUAUUCAAGCUGCAAAACUUCCAAAUGCUGAAUCCAGACUGGAGGCGAUCCAUGAGGGGUUGCUGCAGCUUCCCCCAGCACACUAUGAAACCUUACGUUACAUGAUGGCUCACCUCAAAAGGGUCACGACGUUCGAGAAGUACAACCUAAUGAACGCAGAGAACCUGGGGAUCGUCUUCGGUCCGACUCUCAUGCAGCCUCCGGAGCAGAACGCUUUGACGACCCUGAAUGACAUGAGGCAGCAGAAGCUGGUGGUGCAGCUCAUGAUCGAACAUGAAGAUGUCUUAUUCUGAGGGCAAAGGCCUGCAGAGAUGGAGGCCACGGACAAUUAUUUAUUCUGUCAAAGAGGAAAGUCAAGCCAACUGUAUUUAAGUCAAGACUCUGAAAUGUUUGCAAACGAAGCCGAACUUGAAACUUCUUUUUUUUUUUUUUUUUUUUUUUUUGCAUGACGAAUUUAGUUGGUUUUGUCGUUACUGUAAGUUUGGGGGUUUGCAAACUCAGCCAAGAGAAGAGUUUUUACAUGA